GAUUCAGUGCAACGCAACUUGAUGGUCCGUUUGACAGAAAGCGGAACUGACCACUGCGGUUAGCGUCACUGCUAGCGCAACCUACCUUGCUGACUAGCGAGCUAGCUGCCGACGGGAGGAUUUCAGAGCUGAUGAUGUCCAGGAUUCACUAUAAAAUGUGUUGGAGCCGGGCCCUUGUCACCGGCUCGGUUCUGCUGCUGGUCCAGCUCCUGUGUUCAGAGGCAGUGCCCAUCAGUAUGGAUAAGACUAAAGUCAAAGAGCCGGAGAAACAACCUGAAGAGCCUCCAGCUAGUGUGGACACAGGACUCCACUAUGACCGCUACCUCAGAGAAGUCAUCGAUUUUCUAGAGAAAGAUCAGCAUUUCAGAGAAAAGCUCCACAAUACAGACAUGGAAGACAUCAAGCAAGGUAAACUUGCCAAAGAGUUGGACUUUGUCAGCCAUCAUGUCAGAACAAAACUGGAUGAGUUGAAGAGGCAGGAGGUAAACCGACUACGAACCCUGAUUAAGGCCAAGCAAGACAUUGAAGGAGGGAACGACAUUGCACUGGACCACCAGGCUCUGCUGAAACAGUUUGAGUACUUGAACCACAUGAACCCACAUACAUUUGAGGUGGAUGACCUAGAUCGGCUCAUCAAAUCGGCCACUAAGGAUCUGGAGAACUAUGACAAAGAAAGACAUGAGGAGUUCAAGAGAUAUGAAAUGAUGAAAGAGCACGACAGACGGGAGCACCUGAAAACACUGGAUGAGGAAGAAAGAAAGAAAGAGGAGGAGCACUAUGAGGAGAUGAGGAAGAAGCACGCUGACCACCCUAAAGUCAACCAUCCAGGCAGCCAGAAUCAACUGAAGGAGGUGUGGGAGGAGGCUGAUGGCUUGGAUCCGGAAGAUUUUGACCCUAAGACCUUUUUCAACCUGCAUGAUACCAAUGGAGAUGGCUUCUUUGAUGAACAGGAGCUGGAGGCAUUAUUCACCAAAGAGUUGGAAAAAAUCUAUGACCCCACCAAUGAAGAAGACGAUAUGGUGGAGAUGGAGGAAGAGAGGCUACGUAUGAGAGAACAUGUUAUGAAUGAGGUGGAUUCUAACAAAGACAGGCUGGUCUCUCUAGACGAGUUCCUGGUUGCUACAAAGAAAAAAGAAUUCUUGGAGCCAGAUAGCUGGGAGACCCUGGAGCAGAACCAGGCUUACACAGACGAGGAGAUGAGGGAGUUUGAGGAGCACCUUGCACAGCAGGAGCAGGACCUCAACCAGAAGGCUGUUGAUCUCCAGAAACAGAGAGACGAGCUGGAGAGACAACAGGAGCAGCUUAAUGCACAGAAAAUAGAGCUGCAACAGGCAGUUGAGCACAUGGAACGGCUGAAAUCACAGAAAGUAGAACCCCCUCCAGAGGUUCACGUUGAAGGAAAUGCCAUCCCGGAGAUACAUCCAGUCGACAAUCAGUUGCAUCCUGAACAAGAGGCCGAACCACAAGGGCAUCAACCUGCACCCCAAGAUACACCUCAGGAACACCAUGAACAACAACAUCAAGACCUGGCCCAGCAAGGUCUCCCACAGACACACCAGGAUCUGCCACCAGGCCACCAGGAAGCUGCACAAGGCCAGCAUAACCUGCCAUAACAGAUUUUGUCAGAACUUGAGCCUCCACAACCAGACUUCAACAACUCCUCCACUCCAGCGUGCAGAGGAGCAGUCCCUCCUGAGUUAUUAGGCCUCUUUAACCAGCAUGACUUAGGGGUUUGGGGGACACUUGACAUGAAGGAGAGCAGCACAAACUGAAUCCCCGUUGAAUGACACCAGUGUUUGAUAAUAACUGCAAUCUUUGGAUUACAUAAUGGAAUUACAAUAGUAAAACAACCAACCAAGGACAUGCAUCUUAAAAUGUGCAUAUUUAGUUGUGUUUGACUACAUUAGAGGAAUGUUUGGUAAUACAAAAAUAUCAUUUUGUUGAGCUUUCUUGACCUGCUGUUUGCUGUUCAAAGUACAGAACCUCUAAAAAUUACAUGCCACUGGCUCCACAACCUGAUAGGUUUGGUGCAAGAGCCUGUUGGACAUGUUCAAUGCAGCUGCUGAUGGGGUUAAGAUGUAAAAAAUGAUUUUAAUGUCAUCAUUUUGAGUUACAUUUUUUAAUAGAUAUCCCCAAACAUCUCAGAAAGAGAUUAGUGUAUGUGUGGUUUGUGGUGAAAUGCAUUUCACUGGCCUUUAAUGGAUAUUUAAGAAACUGAGUGCAGGAUUUUCUAUCAUUGAAUUAAGAGCCUGAACAAGCAAAAGAGGCACUAUUUCAAUUUUAACCAACGUACAACAUUUUGAUGUCCUAACAGAAACCGUUCCACCUAAAAAGUAAAAGGACUGCAAACAGUAUCCUGCUAUUAUAAUUACAAGGGUUCAGUCAGAUCUUUGUAGCAGAAGCAUUUUAUUUCCAUCAUCUCCAGCUGCUACUUUCACCAAAUAUUAUCUUUAAACCAGAAGCACUCUCAUGAAUCUAAGUUGCUUGCAGUCCUUUUUUGUUGUCAUGAAACCAUUUUACCAACACUUUUGUUUCUCUCUGAAUGGUCAUUCUGGUUGCUAUAUAAAGUGUCAGUUGUUUACCUAUCUUGAAAUAUCAUUACUUUGUGCGUGGUCAGAUUUUCUUCAGAAAUUGUGUGCUCUGCCUAAAAAGAAAUCAGGUACAGGCCUUUUCAAAACUGUCCAUCUUUAGGCCACACUUCAGCUACUCUCCACUGAUUUUGUUGUUAAAAUAAAUAAAGGUGCUAGGUUCUCAAAAAAAUAGAGUUGUGAGAUCACCCUACAAAUAAUCAACAUUUCCCCCUAAAUCUUAACAAUGGUUAGCAAAAGAGUAUGUGGCAGUAUGGCAAUAUGUUCGGGUUAGGGUUAGGGUUAAUAAUAAUUUAUACAGCAACCUGGUUGCUGUACUGGGAAAGCAAAUGUUGAAACUCAGAAAUAACACAUUUGUUCUGUUAUAAAAUGAUCAGUUUGGUGUAGUUGCUAUGCUAUUCAGGUUGUUCUUUUUUCAUGUAAUGUUGUGGUUCCUUCUAGCUGGCAGACUGUAGCCGUGGUGAACAGGUGUUGGCCUGUUGCCAUUUUUGUACUGAAGGCUUUGUUUGCAUCCAGUCAAAUAACAGCUCUGCCUUACUGUGGUUUUACUUCAUACUAAAUUCUUUCAUGGAAUACAUACUUUUUGGCUGUGUCAUUUGUUUUCUGUGUGCCAAGUGUUCCUUUUAAACAAUACUGCAUCAUAAUUUGCACAAAAUGUACAAGUGGUGUUUCCGAUCGCUUGCUGCUGGAUAAAAUAGUCAUUUGACGAUACUGUACACCUCAGUUCAAGAUAAUAAAACAAUUAUGACCUUUCA